AUGAUGAUGGUUGUUUCUGGUAUCUUCCUCCUGACCAGUCUCAUCCUACAAGUCUCAUUUUCUUUCUCAGCCAAAUGGAUGAAUUAUACCCAAGACGGUGAUAUCAUUCUCGCUGGAAUGGUACCGUUUGAAUAUGAGCCGACUUGUACAGGAGAGAUGGGGAUAUAUUCCAUACAGAUUGUUGAAACUUUUACCUUUUCAAUCAGCGAAGUAAACCAGCGCCAAGACCUACUGCCAAAUAUCACUUUAGGUUUCGAUAUCAGAGAUACCUGUAACAAUGAAGAUGUGACAUUGUCAUUAGUGCUUUCUCUAAUGAGUCGCUACUCAACUGCCGACACAAUCUACGAGAUACCAAGCUGCGACCCAGGACCUAACCUCAACGGUCAACUGCUCGGUAUUGUCGGUACAUCGAAGAGUGCUACGAGCAUGGUCGCCGCUCAAGCUACCAAUCUGUACGGUAUCCCAAUGGUGUCCUACUCCGCUACGAGUGUAGAACUAAGUAAUAAGAACCGAUUCCCGUUCUUCUUACGAACUGUACCAUCAGACAAGUUUCAAGCCCAGGCCAUUAUUGACAUCUUGGCUCGUUUUAAGUGGGUUUAUGUUGGUUUAAUAUACUCCUUGGACACUUACGGAAUUCGAGGAACACAGGAGAUCUUGGCAUUGGCGGAGAAAGCUGGCAUUUGUAUCGCCUUUUCGGAAUCGAUUCGAGAUAUUAAUACCACACCUUCUUAUAUUAAGGCAGUUGCUAAGAAGAUCACAGCAUUCCCAAAGGUGAAAGUGUUGGUGAUGUUCGGUGGAUUUGCUGGAAUGAACUUGGUCUUGCAGGAGUUUCACACUACCCAUACUAAAGAAACACGGAUCCUGAUUUGCAGCGAUGCUUUCGAUACGUCAGCCAUCAACAACGACUUUGCAGGUAUGAUCCAAGGGAGUCUGAAAAUAAAACUGAACUAUUACGAAAUCCCUGACAUUAAAUCUCAUUUCAGUCAACUGACGAGCCAGAGUCGAGUCAGUCCAUGGUUUCUUGCGUAUUUUGAAUCCUGGUUGAAGAACAACAACUGCUCAGAUAUUACCUUGUGCCCAAUUCCUUUCUCGGGAACCAAUAUGCCGAUUUACAUGUCUGUAUAUGCGUUUGCUCACGCGUUUGACGAUAUGCUGAGAUCAAGAUGUCCACAAAUGACAAAGGAAUGUCUGGCCAUAGUACGUAAUGUCACUGGUAAUGACGUCACACCAUAUCUCUUCAAUGUCAAGUUUAAUGGACCAACUGGGACCUUUAAGUUCAAUCAAGAUGGCGACUCGGACGGAGCAUACAUCAUUAAUGCUCUAACGGUAGACUCAAACGGAUUCGCAUGGCACGAAAGGAGAAAUGCUGCUGGGAAUGCAGUCAAUGUGACCCGUAUGAGUUUGUGGAUGGUGACAUCUGCUCUCCGUGUCCAUCACUUCUCUGGCCGACCACUGAUUUUACAUCAUGUGAAAUUAUUCCAGCAACUAUGA